GAGAGGAAAGGAGCUUGUUGAAAUCAGCUACGUAAACGUCGUUAGUCUCGCUUUCGGUUUAACCCUCUUUUUCUUGAGCUCUCAUCCUGGCGAGGGAAUGUGUGUGUGCAUAUAUGUAUUUACCUGUAAAAUUUGCCCCGUGAAAGACGUAGUCUCUCAGGACUUUCAUGAAAACUACGGUUUGCCUUUUAAAAGUAGCAAUUCUUUGGGUUUUUUUCUUGUUGUACUGCAUAUGUCCUUUUAAUUGCAUCAAAGAAUUUGAACUUUGUGCUAAUGUGCACAGGCAGUAUUUUAGUGUAAGAUUAAGGAACUCUGUUAGCUUUAGCAAACUAUUUAAUUCCUGACAUAAUUCAGCAGGUCCAACUCAUUUAUUUCAUAUGCUUAUAAAAAUCACUCACAGUCAGUGUCCAUAAACAUAGAUCUGUGCCAAACCACUCAGUAUUUGCAUGCUGUGUUUUUUCAGCCUGUAGUGUAACUUCUCAUUUUGGCUUGGUCCUUCCAGAUGAUAUUUAUAUACUGAAUUCUCUAACAAUUCAGGAAGAGACAGAAAUGUGGAAAAUAAGGGAGUGGGAGAAGCAGACAGAAGAGACUUACUGGAAAAGGCAAAGCAGAAUGCUGUCGGACACCUCCAGCAGUCGGAUGCGCAGUGAUGGCUUUGAUGAGGAGGGCCACAGGGCUGACUGGAAAACAAAGAACUCACAAUUUCUUGACCUAGUCGAAGAUGAUCUCCUUAGGGCCCGAUCCUGGAAUAAAAAGCUAUAUGAAUGUGAAGCCAACAUGCCAGACAGGUGGGGUCACAGUGGUUAUAAAGAGUUGUACCCUGAAGAAUUUGAUACGGAUAGUGACCAGCAAGAAGGAGAUGAACAAAAUGCUGUCAAUGGGAAGAAGAAAUCUCAUCUGGGAAAGCAAACUGCCCGUGAGUCGCACAAACGGAAAAAAACAAAGAAGUCACACAAGAAGAAGCAAAAAAAGCGAUCGCACAAAAAGCGAAAGAAAAAGAAAAAGGAGCAGGGGAGAACAUCAUCAGAUUCUUCCCAGGAGAGUGAGUGCUCAGAAGAGGAGACUUCAAGCACCCAGAAAGGGAAACACAAGCGCAAGAAAAAGACCAGGAAAGUGCCUGCCAGGGAACCUACCUCUUCUUCUGGGCAGGAAAGUGACUUUUCUCAUGCAAGCAGCUCAACCACCAGCAGCUCUGAGGACAGUGAAUCUGAGGAGAAAAAAGAGAAACGGCCCCCAAAAAAGAGAAAGAAACGUCAGAAUUCCGUGUCAGAGAGGCACAGUGAAGUACCAGAGAAGAGGAGCAAGAGGAAGAACUGGAAGGUGGCCGCUGAUGAAAAAUCGGAGGAUAGCUCAGAUGAGGACUGAUGAGUCUAGGCUGCAGCAGCUCAAACAGUAAGGUAGAGGACAGAGACAGGUAUUUAUCUUUCAGCACUGCCCCAUGGUACAACUUGUUUCAACACUGUGGUUUAUAUACAUCCUGCCAGCCCACAAGGAAGAAACUGAGCCUUGGCAGCCUCCAGUAGGUGCCCCGUUGCUUUUCAUUGACUUGACAUUCAGAAAACCGGGGGAGCAGUUGCCUGUCUUACAGGUUGGCUAGUCCUGCCAACUUCUGAUUUUUUUUCUGUGACCAGGUUGACCUCUGAUGCACGAAAACGUUAUAGGCUCUCUGCAGGGGAGAAACAGGCAUGUUUGCACCUUUUUUUUUUUUUUUUUUUUUUAAUUAAGUUUUAACAGAUUGGUUUUUUGGGUUACCAAAUCAAUGACCAAGACUUGCAAUAGCAGAGGGGAGAGACAAAAAGUCUGAUAACAGAGGAAAUGUCACUGGAUUUAACCCUACGGUAGCUGUCUUCCCAUCCUCCAACAAAAGUAGACCUGUGUGGCGGCAUGCACACGGUCAGCUGGAUGCAGAAGGGAGCACAAGGGAAUCCUCUGAUUCCAGUUGAAGGUGCAGUGACUCCUUCCAUAAUGGUGAAGAAAAGACACCGGUGCAUUUGCUUGUUUUAGACUUCUCUCCAAAUGCUGGCAUGGGCUGGCCAUUGUGUCUGCCUUUCCUUCAUUCUCUCUAGGGGGAUGCUGAAACCAUUUGUGCUGACAGAGAAGCCUCGGUGGGUGUUGUGUUCUGUCUCUGGCCGGCCCAAUGUAUUCCUGGAGAAAUUGGUACUGGGCUGUUCUCUCUGCAGUUGAACAGCCAAGCCUUUUAACAAAAUAAAUAAAUCCAGACAUG